CAUUCAUUGAUGGUGGUUUUUUUUGCAGUCUACAACUUCGUGAGAACAUAGAUGUUGAUCAGGUGAUCCUGAUCAUGGAUGUAGAAUACCAGGCGUCACAGUCAGCACAGUGUAGCAUAUUGGGAGAUCUAACUGGCCUUCCGUUCUCCAUCACUCCAGACCAGUUCCAGAAGAACUGCGGACUCAAACUGAUUGAACCAGGCUUUGACUAUGAGGUUACUAAGAGGUAUAAUGUGACCGUGCAAGUAACCGAAGGGGCUGUGGGGAGGAAGAAGAGACAGAUCUUCAUACAAAACACUCACCCAAUAGCGACAGUCAUCAUUGACGUAAUCGAUGUCAACGACAACUCACCCAUCUUCCAGUAUGACGAACCCCAUAUUUACCCACUCCAGACCAGCAGUGCGGGUACGGAAAACAGAUACUUUGGAGCCAUCGCUUCAGAUGUUCGCCCAGACGCAUCCGUAAUGACGGUUUAUGCAACUGAUGAAGAUUCUGGACAUUUUGGAGAAGUACGCUACUCAACAGUGGAUCAGAGUGCAGUACCAGCAAAUCCACCUUUCAAGAUGAUAAAUCCUGAGGAUGGAAAAAUAAUGACAACCACUGAAUUCUCAGCUGACACACUGGCUGCCAAGACCUUUAAGAUUCCUAUAUUGGCUACGGACAUGGCACCGACAGUUGUGGAGCGCAAGGUCACUCAGUCAACAGCCUAU